CUGUGAGCCAGUGCAUUGCAGUUUUUGAAAAGAGUUGCAGUCAAGGACUCAGCUUUUUGUGUAUUUACAUUCCUAGCCUAGGUGUCUUUACUUUUAGAUCACUUAUCUCAGGCCUUCGUUCAAGGUCCAAGGACCUCUCAGGCACCUCUGCCAGGCCUCAGUAAAUGGGGAGAAAAAGGGAAACUUAGACACCGUUCUCCACUCUGACUCACUAAGGACAUUUUUCUACUCCUAGCCCUUCUCCCUCAUUCUCCCCUCACCUCAGGUUUUGUAAAGUUGCUGGAGCCUUUUAUUUGGGAUUUCCUCAACGGUGUCUGCACUGAUCCACCGUUUUUCCUGCACCUAGCACUUUGUUCAGUUUAGAUGCUUUCUUAUACCAUCAUAGUAAAUGAUUAAUGUCUUAAUCCUUUCAUUUUUAGUUGUCGCUUUAAUCUGCUACUCUGACACCUGACUCCUCAGCUCUCUCUCUCACUUCGGCUGAGUUCCUGACAAUACCUGUUUUGCUGAAGAUAUUCCUGAAGAACCAUCCACAGUGUGGCACCGCAAAAAUGAUUCAGUUGACAGCCACCCCUGUUACUGCCCUUGUUGAUGAGCCAGUACAUAUCCGAGCCACAGGCCUGACCCCCUUUCAGGUGGUGAGUCUUCAGGCAUCACUGAAAGAUGAAAAGGGGAACAUGUUUUAUUCUCGAGCCUACUAUAGGGCCAAUGAAAUUGGCGAAGUGGACCUGGAGCACGAUUCUUCACUUGGAGGGGAUUAUGUGGGCCGCCACCCCAUGGGUCUCAUCUGGUCCCUGAAACCUGAAAAUUUAUUAACUAGACUAAUGAAAAAAGAUGUGAUGAAUAGCCCCUUCCAGGUCCAUUUAAAACUUUAUGACUCAGAUGUAUUACUAGACAAUAAACCUACGACUGCUCUAAAGGCAAGCCUGACGCUGGAGAGGUGGUAUGUGGCCCCCGGUGUCACACGGAUCCUGGUCCAAGAAGGCCGCCUUCGAGGAGCCCUCUUUCUCCCUCCAGGAGAGGGACGUUUCCCAGGGGUGAUUGAUUUGUUUGGUGCUGUAGGUGGACUGAUUGAAUUUCGGGCCAGUCUCCUAGCCAGCCAUGGCUUUGCCUCCCUGGCCUUGGCUUACUAUGGCUAUGAAGACCUGCCACCCCGACUAGAGAUAAUAGAUUUGGAGUAUUUUGAGGAAGCUGUCAAUUUUCUCCUUAGACAUCCUAAGGUCUGUGGCCCAGGCAUUGGAGUAGUCUCUAUAUGCAAAGGGGCUGAGAUUGGACUUUCUAUGGCUGCUCACCUAAAACAAAUCACAGCCACUGUGCUUAUUAAUGGACCCACCUUUACUGUUGGCAUUCCACAGGUAUAUCGUGGUCACAUCUAUCAGCCUGCUCCCUUCUCUGCACAAUUAGUAACCAUCAAUAGCUUGGGGUUAGUAGAAUUAAAUCACCUGUUCGAAGAAACUGGAGCUGAGGCCAGUCAGUCUUUUUUUCCUAUUGAAAAGGCCCAGGGACAUUUCCUCUUCAUUGUGGGAGAAGAAGAUAAGAAUAUCAACAGCAAAAGAAAUGCUGCGCUAGCCAUAGAACAGCUGAGGAGGAACGGGAAGAACAACUGGACCUUGCUAUCUUACCCUGGGGCGGGACACCUGAUAGAGCCUCCUUACUCUCCACUGUGCCUUGCCUCAGGGAUCAGAACUAUCUGCUCAGCCUUUCACUGGGGAGGAGAGGUGAUUCCACAUGCAGCCGCACAGGAGCAUGCUUGGAAGGAGAUCCAGAAAUUUCUCAGGAAGCACCUCAUUCCAACUGCAACCAGUAAACUCUGAGAAGACUAGAUAUUCCUAGGAAAUAGAGAAGGAAAUCUCUUUACCAGUACCUCUUGAUGUUCGCAGAAGAAUAUGUUUAUUUUUUGUUUGUUUGUUUUUCUUUCCCAUUUUAUGUCUAUUUGAAUGGUAAAAAUGGCACAGGGGUAAAAACCUGAUAUUUCACUUAUAUUGCACAACAGGCUAACCAAACUGGACAUGGGAAAUAAAUUAUAAAACAAAUCAUUUUA